GUUCCUGCUUCUCCAUCUUCGAGACAAAAAAAGGCUUUACUGAUGGUGUCUGCGCACCGCGUUGAGGCUCUGCACAAUUCAAGUGCAUCCUUGAAAGAUCUUUAUGAAGAAUCAGGAAAAGAUCAUGACAAUUUUCCUAAGCUCGUCUCCGAACAUUUCUCGCGCGUCUUCUACACUCCUGAGGCCUUCCGAGAGAUACCAACGCUGGAUGUCCAGCAUGGACCGGAUACAUUUCCGGACAGAUCGCUCGUCCGCUUUAGGGCUAUGGUGCAGGAUACAUCGCUAUCCUCCGAGAUGUACUUGUCGAAAUCGAGCAGUGGCAAGUGUGGAGGAUGGGGUAUCGGGUUUUCGGAGAAAGAGGGUCAGGACAUGGACUAUGCGGACGUGAAAGAAUGCGCCGUGCUGUGGGCUGUGAGCGUUCCUGGCGAGUCGCAGUGGUGCUCGCGGGAGCUCGACGGACCGGAAGAAUUGCAAGAGAGAACAUCACUGGCUGUCGAUCGCUCUACAUCGAGCUGCGAUCCUCAACGUGCCCACAAAUACCCGCAUCCUUCUGUGCCGCACUUGGGCGUGCAAGUGAAGCUUUAUGAUACAGAUAGUUCGGAGCAACUGAAGGCUACCGAUGUGGUGACGUUCGUUGGUAUCUUGACUAUCGACCCACUCAAUUCUGAUAUGGAUGAAUUGGCCGAGGUGCCUACUCUGCAUGUCCUCUAUAUGCAACAGCAUCCCCAUGCAUUGCUCUCUCGACCAUAUCCGUUCACCACAGCUCUUGACAACGAACGCAAUGGCACAGAUACAGAGUCGGAUCAACAUAUGAAAAGCCAGGAGGAAGUGCGAGCCGAUCUCAUUUCAUGGAUAGCGGAAGAAGCGCUGGGUGGCGAUCAGGAAGCUGCUGAGUGGAUAUUACUCAUUAUGAUAGCUCGUGUGUUAUCACGGAAUCCUCCCCUGCUUCCACCGUCGCUCACCUUGGCCUACUUCCCGUCGCCUCCGCCCAUGCCCUCUACCAGCGUGACGCCCUCGGCGCCAAUUCCUACCUUGUCUUUCGUGCUUGGAGAGUUGCUUCCUUUAACAUAUACCUUGCCGUUGUCUCUUGAUGCACUCAACAACCAUCCAUAUGUUCCGGAAAGCAAAGAGGAAGAUUUGCACUCCGGGGUGUUGCAGCUGCCCAAAGGGACCGUUCUACUUGUCACUGAAAGUGGUGUGACUGAAGGAAAGCUCGUGGACCGAGGUGUACUGAACGUCGCUGCUUUGCAAAAAGUAAUGACCGCUCAGACAUUAACAUACUCCUUUCCGUUCUCGCAAUUUACCUUCCCAACGGAUAUUAGCACUAUCGUGCUCAGCGAAGGAAGUAAGAGCGCCUUUUUCAAGACGGAUCUCAUAUUGCCGCUCCGCAGCAUAGAUUCUCCAUUAGCCGCAGGAAGGCUGUACAGGUCUCCUCAGAUUGUCUCGCUACCGUCUCCAGAGAGACUAGCCGCUUUUCGAAACCUUAUUGUAGGCGCUCGGGUGGGGGACGUACAGGUUAACGAGGAGACCUCUCGGUACAUACAACGUGAGUUUGUCCGCGAGCGGCAGCAAGAUCAGACGGUCACGUCAGAUGACCUGAUACGACGGAUGACAGUCGCGAAGCUGUACGCUCUCUCGUUGCAUGAGACGGAUCUGACAGUUGACAUCUGGGAGCGGGCCAAGGCCUUCGAUGAGCGGAGGCGGAGCGCCUGUGCAAGUGUCACGGCCAUCAAGCGAUGAUCAUCAAGUCUCUGCUAGCUUUGUAUGGUCUCAAGCACCUUUAUGCAGCGGUGUCGCGAGAGCUAAUGUAGUGUCGUUCGGUCGAAGAGGAUCCUCGCCGCACUCUCCUGGUUGAUACACAAACUAAUAUAUCUCAGUGUACAUCCUAUCCUUCUCUCGUAAAUCUCAAGCUACAAUACAUGAGAAUUCCAC